GACGCGCACUGCACAUACUGUCAAACAUCGUCGAGCGGUCCUAUCGUACAGACGUCUUUCACAAGUUCUCUCGUACAAUUCGCGCGUUUAUCCAGUGAUUGGUGUUUAAAAAUAUUUUUGUGGUUUUUGUUGAACCUGAGUUUUUAUUGAAUCAUGGCGAUUCCAUUUAACUUGCCGGGAGAGCAAACCGAAGUGGAAGUUAUUAUUACUCAGCUCCAGUACUUGUUGAUGAAAUUGCAAGAUGCGAUUAGAAGAUCCAGAGCUACGAAUUCUUCCUAUCCAGUUUUUUCGAUUUCUACCAGAACUAGAGUUCGAACAAACAGUUCGAAUAGGGCUCGAGGUAGAGAGCAGUCGUCUGUAUCAUCACCAGAGACUCCCUCCACAUCUGCAUCACCGUCCGCCAAUGCCAAUCUACCAGAGCUCCUAAACAAUUUGGCGUGGUUGGCAGUUCUUACCCAAGAGGCUGUCGACAAUAAUUCACAACAAACUACUGCCAUGGCUGUACCAAGGCCUACCAGAAACAGAACUUCUUCAGAAUCAUCGUGUUGCCAAGAGACCAAAAGUGAUGAGACGACUGCCAGUAACAGUGGAAGCGUGCAAGCAUGGAACCAGGAGACUGAUAAUGAGCAAUCAAGUGAAGAUGGAUCGGACAAGAGUUACUCACGUCAAGGAAUCCUAUCAAGACUAAUACCAGGGCCGGUAUCCGCUCCCCUGUUUACUGCCAUGAUUUGUUUCGUCGGGUGGCACAUAUUCAGGGCUCGGUAACUCCCCAGCCACUACAAAACUUUACUUUAUCCAAAGCAAAAGUGAUCGUUAUUCGAUAGAUUUAGAAAAAUGUAGAAAAACGCUACAUAUAUUAUGUUUGCUUAAUUACUGUUUUUUUAUAUGAUAUACUUUCGGUGUGUUUUUAUUUCAUGUGUACUAUUUGUACAUAAAAAUAUUCACAUACUGUGUGUGCUAGGUUUAAGAUUGUAUCAUUGUUUUUUCUUGUAAAGGUGUGCGUAGGUCAUUUGUGCACAAGUUUGUUCCAAAGAGAGGAAAACCAAUCAAAGCAUUGAUCUCAUAUAGUAUGACCAAGACAAAAAGUGUUUUGGUCUACUCUCAGGAAUUUAUAUGAUUAGAUUAUAUUUUGAGUUUUUAUUUCGAUUUUUUGGUAGUUUUUAUGAUUGUACAUGAAUUGUAUAUAAAAUUUUAAGUUGGAUUCAGUAUAGCCAAAGAUUGAAUCGUGCCAAACGGCCAAGAGCAAGUUUUCUAAACAAACGGUUCAGUUGCGUCCCUGUAUAUUUUUGUGGCAUUCUUAACCUGUUUCAUAGAAUAAGACUUAGUUUAUUGGCAAAUUAUUAGGAUUAGGGAAUAUACUCACACGUUGCUACUUUCCAAUAUUUUUUCUGAUGCUGUUUCACAGGAGCGCGACUGAAACGUUCUCAGUGAGUAACCGUAACUGCCAGCUCUAGAGGUGGGCGCGUCGUCUCUUUGAUAGCUUUCGCUAGAGUCUGACUCUGUUUUAAGUUUAAGUGGAAGGAGCCGUAAAGAGUCUCUUUGCGGCCCUAAAGGUUUUCAAAUGAUCUCCGUAGUUAGAAUAGCCCGGUGCGCGAAAGCUGGACGUGUGCCGAUCAGCCCCGCACCUGAGAUCUGUAAAUACAGUUCAGGACCAGUCUUUACAUAAACAUUUAUAUGGUCUAUGCUUUACUUUCUAAUAACAUUUACAUUCUAACGAAGAAUAGGCAACGAAAACAUUCAAUUUUAAAUCAAAUUCUUAGUUAAAAUAUAACGAUAUCUUCUAUAACAUUUAAAUGAACGUACUAACCAAAUUCUUUCAACACUUUAUUGAAUUUUCUUUCCCUGUUCUUUGAUUAAGACCUCUUCGUAUUUUGUUUAGUUUUGCAAAAAUGUUAGAGCGACUUGUCCUGACUUAAUGCAUGUUAUAUAGCUUUUAAUUUUUUAUACUGUAAAUGUAGGUUUUAAGGAUAUAAAUGCUGAUAUUUUAAAGAAAUUAAAGCAAUUUACCUAGUUUACGGACUAUUAGUUGUAAGUUGUAGUUCUAGACAAGCUGUGCUGUAGAUGGCUCUUCAAAGCGUCACUGUGAUUAUGCCGAAAGGCUGUAAGAGUGUAUAUAGCGCUCCCAAAAGGGUGAGGGCUGUUACAUAAACUCCUGUUUACACUGAUAUCCGCUACGUGGACCAGGCAGCACUACAAAAGAUAAACUCGGAUAACUAUAAGCCAAUAAUAAAAACAAAAACACUUGCCGUAGCAAUCUAUGUCAUUUCAAAGGAGAAAUGUCAGUAGCUUGGUGGUGCGGUAUUCCUUGGGUUGGAACGAAAAUUGGUUUAAGAUCCUCUAGGAAGACAAUAACUUACCAAAGAGUAACCAGAUGACAUAAUUAUAUUCCUUCAGUCGAACCAGUAUAUCUGAAUACACCAAGAUAUGCUGGGAAAAGUAGCUAACGCUCAACAUUGUUUGUGGCAACAAUGGAAAAGUAAUUUCCCAAAAUUCUUCAGUUGUUUUUUGUUUCUUUCUAAACCUCACUCCAUUUUUGUACUUGAUGCUGGUUAUCCAACUAGUCUGCUGAAACACUGCUUGGUCUGCUAAUACAUUUUUUUUAUGUUUGUAGUUAUUCCUAGUCAGUAUAGUCGAUCGUUGUGUUUUAGGGUUGGCUAGGAUGUUUUUUUUUUAUUUCUUCUUAUAUUUUAUUGUAGAAUGCGUGUUAUUUGUUUACUGUUUAUGGGAUUUUAUCAUAAUAUAUGUAUCAGUGGCGACUCUGCUUCAUCUACACCUUGACAAUUGUAACAUUAUAAGACUUUUUGUACUACUUUUUUUUAUUGUUGCUUUAUUUUAAAUUGGAUAAAGAAAUUAUAUGAACAUGCACAACAGUCUAGCCUAUAACUUAUCCUAACGAAACCUUCAACUGUUUUGUCCUUACCAAAAAACUAUUAUUAAGAAUUGUUUUCUUGAAGAAACGAUUAUAAAUCGUUUAAAUAAAUAAAUAAAAUAUAAAUAAUUUGGCAAUUUAUGCUUUUGUUAUGCCAGGUGCAAAGGACACAGCACACAUCUUAUGAAAAAUUUAAUGUCACUCAAAUUCAAUAAAAUUUACAUGAAUAGAUUCGUCUCUAAAGUACAAUCAUUUGCAGAAAGAUUUUUAUGAACUACUAAUUCACAAAAUAUCUUUUCUCACUCUAACUUACGUAUAUAACCAUUUGAUUUUAGAUUUAUUUAUAUAAAUUUACGCCGUUUUUAAUCAAAAUUCAGAGUUGGCGCAGUCUAUUCAUGUAAAUUUGAUUGCAUUUGAAUGACAUAAUAUUUUCGACAAGAUAUGUGAGGUGUCCUUUGUAACAUAUAGUGUGUUAGGCCUUAGUAUUAGAGUUAUUCGAAUUUUAUUUUUGCUGAGUUUAUAGAAUUUCUUCUAUGUUGGAAUUUUUCGGAUUCAUUUGUUUUAAAAUGAAUCCGACGAUUGUAGUGAUAUGGUUGUUUUAGGCACUAGCAUGAAUCUGAGUUGUUGCUGAUCAAAACCAUAGAUGUAAUGUACCAUUGCCAUAUAUACUAUAACUUUAUGUAUUACCCCGACAAGCCAUCAGUAUUGUUUAUGUAUGAAAUCGUCCAUCAAUUAGACAGAAUAUGUAUCAGUCGAUCAAUAUUGAUUUCUAAAUUAUUUAUUACUCUGGUUUAAUCUUUUACAAAAUCCAACAAGUGACUAUGUCAAUUAGCGUUAAGUAACUUUAAUUGUCUAUGUAGCUCUUCUAUUCCAUUUCAAAAAAACUUUCAAAGGGAUUUCAAAAACAUAUUGGUCCUAAAAAUUCCCUCUUUUGUUUGUUUUUAGUUAAUAUUUGCGCACAUAACAAUCUGCAUAGACAUAUAGCGUUAAGACUUCAACUGAACCGUCUGUGAUCGAUAAAAUAUUUGAUUUUAACAAUAUUUAUUUUGUUAAAAAAAAGAAAAAAAAUCAAAAACAAAUAAUGUUGUUCUAAUUCCAUUUAAUGUAAAUAUCGAUGUUUUUGUUGUCAUAAAAUUAAGAAAAAUAUUGUUGGAUUUAGUAAAAUGAUUGUGUUCAAUUUUGAAAUCGAUUUUCGCUCGUAUUGCUACUCAUAAUGAAUAUUAAGGAAUUCACAUUCUUUCAUGACUUAUUCGAAAUUUCUUUUGCUCAAUUAUCUUAAGUUUUAUUCUAUUUCGCAUCUUUGUACGGUAUUUCGUGCCUACAUUAAAAAAGUUUCUUGGAGGCGACAGAACGGGCGCGGAGAGACUAAUGUGUACAAGUCUACACAAAUAUCUGAAACCGCCACGGUCAGACAGAUCGAAAACGUGGUUACGCGACGUUGUCAGAUCAAUCAUGCUUCAAAGGUUUCUCGGUUUUAAUUUGUUACCUGUUUCACAGUAAAAUUUUCUCUGCGUAAAUUUUAAACAUUGUGUAUAAUUUCACGGGAUUGUGGACUUAGUGUCCUAUAUUUCACGGCACUUCUUAUAUUCAUGUUUAUUAAAAAAACAUUAAAUAUAUUCUAAAUAAACAACUAUUAGACGAUUUUACCCGGCAAUAUCGCAAAACCGCUGGCUUCGUGCACAAUGCAUUUUAAAAAUGUUUACUCUUUGCACCAACGCGUUCAAUUGAAGUCCUCUCUCCUUGAUUUUCUACCUGUGUGACCUUCGUGGUUUCAGAUAUUUCUGUACAGUUGUAAUGGGUGCCAGCUCUGACCACUGCCAUUAGCGCCUCCCCCUCCAAUUCUGAAAUUAGUAUAAAGAGGGAAUGAGAAAGAAAAAGUUCCUUAAAUAUUAGAGUAGUAACUCAUAAAAUUGUCUGCCUUUGUAACGAAUUUGCAUUUUAAAUGUAUUUCAACCCCCAUCUGGACCAACCCGGCGCCGAGACCCGUGAUAGAAGCUCUCGGGUGACCAAUCUAAAUAAGAACUGCUUAUGUCAAAAUUAUAUUGCCUGAUGUAAGCGAACCUUUUAAUAUAUAUGAUAUUUUUUUGCUACUUAAAAGAGAUUUUUAAUAAUACUUUAAAUGUCCUAAAUUGGUGGGUAAUGAACACUAUUUAUUUUCACUAUAAAUGUCAUAAGUUUUAUACAUGUUUAUAAACAUAUAUCUAUAUAUACUAUAUAUUUUUGUGAUGUAUGUAAUGAGUUGUAUAUACAGGCUGCCCCAAAAUUAAUUUGACAAAAGCUAAGGGAUUACAUCUAGCAUCAAAAUGUCAAUUAUUUUCUCAAAAUUGCUCGUUUUUGUUAAAAAUAUGCACUUAUUGCGUAUUAGCUAAGAUUUGAAGGCCUUAAGGUUAUACUUUUGCAAAUUUAAUUGGAAAAAAUCGUACAGAUACCAAAUACACAAAAUAGCUUUUGUCGAAUUAAUUGUGGAACACACUGUAUAUGUGUUACCAAUGGUGGCCCUUGACCUACUUGUAUUACUUUUGUUUUUGCUGCUUCACAGUUUGUUUUAUUAUAUCUCCAAAGGCCACUACUGUUGACACAGCAGCCAAUUGUAUUGUCAUACUCACGUCUACUACCGAUCGUCUUUCACUUGUAACUUUUUCACUUUUAUAUAGUUGAUUUGAAAUAAAUGUAAACAUGCCGAAAGCAGAAAAA